AUGUCGGACAUCACACUCUUCCCCCCAACCCAUAUCCUCACCAAUCACUCGCACCAAAUCUACCACCAUUCCCCACCGCCACUACCUCAAUCCUCCAGUGGGCCCUACUUUGGCGGGCUGGAAACGGAGCGGAUCGCUCGACUCGCUCCCCUCAUCGAGCCGGGACUCCCCUGUCCGAUGAUAAGAGGAGGGAUGAGCGGGACGCACACUCCCUCGCGUCAGACUACAACGGUCCUACGUUCGCCAUACGUUCCUCCUAUGCGGCGGCAUCCAGUCCCAGCCCGGCCGGCACGACCCCCUUUGGACGGUUCCAGCCCCUUCAUGGACCUCCCUGACGAGCUCCUCCUAGAGUGCCUGGGCCACCUUCGGUUGCCGGACCUUCUCCGCCUCCGCCGCACUUGUAGCCGCUUCAGCCAGCUUGCACUGCACAGGAGUCUACACCGGUCUCUCUGCCUCACUGAGGUCCCGCUUUCCCCACUCCCCCGGCUGUUGACAGGCCACAUCCUCCCAAGCGUUCGAGACCUCCGUCUUCAGCUCCUCCCCUUACCUACUCCCUCCCCCCUCACCUCGUCAUUCUUCGGCUCGUCCAGCCGCAAACAGCCAACUCGGCGGAUCCUAGACCUCCUCGAUGCCAUCCCGGCGGAUCAGCUCGUCUACCUUUCAUUCACACACUCCACUUCAUUCCUCUCCUCCACUGAGCUAGGGACUCUUCUCACUCGCAUCGGCGGCAAGUUAGAGUCGCUCGACAUUAGCGGGAGCGCCAUCGAGGGAUCAGACUACCUUGAGUGGCUCGAGACCCUCGGAUUGCGGAACCGUUUCGGCGGCCUCAGAGAUCUCAACAUUGGCUUUACAGGCAUCACUGCCCUCCCUUUCCUCGGCGCCUCUGGCUCGACUGGUCAAUCGGACCUUUCCGCCUAUCCCCUCGCACAGGAUCCCGUCCCCCCCUCGACGUGCUGGAACGCGCUGCGGACCCUCUCACUCUCGCACUGCACGUUCCUGUCCAGGACUGUACUUCAAACCUUCCUCGCUGCCCUUCCGGCCAAUAUCGAGUCGCUCGAUCUCACGCGCCUAGAUAGAGUCUCUCACGAGGCUUUGAUGGGACUCCGGGUCGUCGUUCACCCUGGUGACGAUGCGGACGCGGAUGCCAAGGCGGAGCCCACCAGGCUUACCUCCAUCAAGCUGACCGGUAUCGACCAUCUCACCAAGUCGGAUAUUCGUCGGGCCAAGUGCUGCUGGGAAGCCCAGCGCCGCGUACUCGUCUCGGACCCCGCCACACCUCCCCUCCCCGUGUCCUCGGAACAACAAGGCGCAAGGCGGAGGGUAUGGGGCGAGCCUGCCACCCCGGAGCCUCUCCCUAUCCCUCCCGUAUCCCUUCCUCGCCGCAUCCCCUCUAUCCCAGCUCCCAUCAACGGCGGAACAGCUUCGUACAGCUGGACCUCCCUAUCCGCCGGUCCACCCUCACUGAGCUCCAGUAGCUCCAGCGGGACGUCGGCCGCCUCUUCCGCCGGACCCGUCUCGUUCUCCCGCGCCUCAGCAAUGCCCGAGCACGCCGCGCUCUGGGCCGCCCUGCAGCGCGAUAGCGAUGAAGGGAUGGUGGCCAGUCCGGGCGUCUGGCGUUCCAAACUCCCUUCAAACCCUUAUCUCCCCUCCCGGUCGCACCCUAGACCUCGACCCAACCCCCUCUCCCUCGAGAGCGGAGGCGGAGCUGUGACUUGGACCAGUCCCUCUCCUCUCCCGCCAAGGAGGCGGAUGAGCCCGCCAUCACUCUGGGAAGGGACCACGGACGUGGAAGCGCGUAUACGGAUCAAUAUCACCCACUCGGCGAUCCUCGAGAGCGAGACCAUCGAGGGGUACAGGAAGUUUGUGUGGGAACGGACAGGCUCAGGCGCAGAUAUCGCCAUGCCUAGUGCGGAUCUUGGAUCGGGGCUGGGGCUGGGGAUGGGCGUGAGCGUGCUGGAUGUGGAACAGGACAUGCCUGGUUUGGGGCUAGGAUUGGGGAUUGGGCUGUUUGGGGGUGGACUCGGCGGGUGGGGAGGGGACGGGGGGUCUAUCGGGGGAUAUGCGGACGAGGGGGAGGCGUAUCUUCAAGAAUCAGCUUUCGGGCCUUGA